AUGCCGAACUUCGAAUUAGCGCGCCAGGUCCAGCACCUCAUCGUCCAGCCGGCGGACCAACGCCUCAAUCCUUCCGAGAGCUAUCUGUUCGUCCAGGAUGGCCUCAUCAUCAGCUGCGGCGUUCUGUAUGCUCUGUGUUAUCUGUUCUGUAUGAUCCGGACGUACGCCGAUAAGACGUACCCUGGUGCUCGUGCCGGCAGCAUUCAGUUUCUCUGUUUGACCAUGGCGUACGAGGUAUUUUAUGCCUUUACGACAACGACGACCCGGUUUGAGAAGCUCGCAUUCCUAGCUUGGUUCGAGCUCGAUCUGAGCUUCACCAUUGUUGCUCUUCGAGAGGCCCAUACACCCCUUGAAAGACGGGUCAUACGGCGGAAUAUGAUUGUCGGCUUUCUGGCUGGAAUCAUGCUUCUCCAGAUCCUCACGCAGAUAUACCCAGACGAGCGCCAGCAAGUCACUGCCUACUGGACCGGAAUCCUUCUGCAAUUCCCCAUCGGCUGGAUAUGUUUGUAUCUUUUAUGGAAGGAUCACAGCACCCGUGGUCAUUCCUUGGAGAUCUGGUUGACACGGUAUCUGGGAUGCUUUACCGCAUACGGUGUCUUCCUAUGGCGGUACUUCAAUGUUCCCCAGAAUUGGGAAUAUGUCUGGUCCCCGUGGAGUAUCGGAAUUAUUGUUACAACUCUCCUUCCAGAGACGAUCUAUCCUUUCGUUUAUGUGUGGGUGCACAAGACGCAGAAACCAAAAAAGGCAUAG